AUGCUGGAUGGCCAGCUAUUCUCCGAGGGGCCCGACAGCCCCCGGGAGCCCCAGGAUGAGGAGUCUGGCAGCUGCCUCUGGGUGCAGAAAUCCAAGCUGCUGGUGAUCGAAGUGAAGACUAUUUCCUGUCAUUAUAGUCGCCGCGCCCCUCCUCGACAGCCCAUGGACUUCCAAGCCAGCCACUGGGCCCGUGGGCCCCAGAGCCGCACGUGUGGGCCGCGCCCGGGAUCCCCUGAGCCACCGCCCCGCCGUCCCUGGGCCUCCAGGGUGCUGCAGGAGGCGACCAACUGGCGGGCGGGGCCCCCGGCCGAGGCCCGAGCCCGGGAGCAAGAGAAAAGGAAAGCGGCAUCGCAGGAGCGGGAGGCCAAGGAGACCGAGCGAAAAAGGCGCAAGGCUGGUGGGGCCCGAAGGAGCCCCCCCGGUCGGCCCCUCCCGGAACCUCGGAACGCCCCUCGGGUGGCCCAGCCUGUAGGGCCCCCAGCUCCCUCACGACCAGAGCGCCUGGGGCCGGCGGGGCGACCGCCCCGUCCAUCCGCGCAGCCGCAGAGCGACCCAGGGGCGGCGUGGGCGGGGCCCUGGGGAGGUAGGCGGCCAGGGCCCCCCAGCUACGAGGCUCACCUGCUGCUGAGAAGCGCAGCCGGGACAGCCCUGCGACGACGCUGGGACCGCCCGCCACCCUACGUGGCUCCACCUUCUUACGAAGGCCCCCACAGGACCUUGGGGUCUAAGCGAGGCCCCGAGCCCUCCCAGGCGCCAGCCUCAGCAGCCUCUGCUCCGACUCCGGCCAAGACAGAGGGAGGGUGCGCAAAGAAGAGGCUGGAUCCUCGGAUCUACCGGGACGUCCUCGGGGCUUGGGGUCUCCGACAGGGGCGGGGUCUCUUGGGGGGAUCCCCAGGCUGUGGAACAGCCGGGCCGAGGCUGGAGUCCGGCAAGGGGGCCGCGAAGAAAAGCCUGGGGCUGGCCACUGCUGGCCUGAAUAGUGGAAGCGACGGCCAUCCCCGAGCCAAAGCUGCUGGGAGCCCAGGCACGGAGACAGCUCCCGGGGGGGUGGCCACUGCGACUCCCAGCCCCCCGCGUCCCGCCCCCAGGUCCAGGCCCCAUUUCAAGGGGUCCGGGGAAGGGAAAGAAAAUAGGGAACGGGGCUGGCUCCCCAAAUGCUGGAUUCCCUCCCUUAAAAAGCAGCCGCCCCGACAUAGCCAGACCCUCCCCAGACCCUGGGCUCCAGGAGGCACGGGGUGGAGAGAGUCCUUAGGUCAUAGAGAGGGGGCCGGACCUGAGACCUCGGAGGGUUGGAAGGGGACCCGCCGCGCCCACACCCUGCCCCGCAGUUCCCGCGGCCGUGCUCGGGGAGAAGGCGUCUUUGUCAUUGACGCCACGUGCGUGGUGAUACGGUCACAGUAUGUUCCAACCCCUCGAACCCAGCAUGUACAGCUUUUGCCCGAUGGGGUGCCGCGCGUCGUGGGGGAUGCCCCUAAUCAACCGAAGCCCAACAAGGAGGAGGGCGAGGGAGCCGCGGCCUUUCCCCACCCUUGGCAAAAACUGCUCUUGAGCAGUCGCCUUUCACACCAGUUCGUUGGGGGGCGCGGGUUCGAAGCCGAGGGCGGGAAGCCCGCGGACUCCUCCUUGGAGGAGCGCGCCUCCCGCAUCCUGGGGCUCCCGGUUGGCGAAGUAAACCUUCAGGACGCCCCCACGCCGCCAGGUAGCCCAGAGCGCUCAGCCUCAGGCCCAGCGGCUUCAGGAGGCACGGUCAGUGCCGAGGGCUCGCAGCAAGUGGCGGCGGUCCCACGGCGCGCGGCCCGGGGCUGGGCGCGGACCCCAGGGCCCUACGCCGGGGCCCUGAGGGAAGCCGUAUCCCGCAUCCGCCGUCACACCGCCCCAGACUCGGACUCCGACGAAGCUGCGGAGCUCAACGUCCACAGCGGCUCUUCUGAUGGAAGCGACACAGAAGCCUCGGGCGCCUCCUGGCGAAAUGAGCCGCCCCGGCCCGGGGAAGACGGGAAGACAGCCGAGCUGAGCGACAGUAUCCGAGAGAUUCUAGAUGUCAUCAGCCGAACAGAGGAGGCCCUCUUCGGGACGAGGGACACUAAGGAGAUCCCACAGGGAAAUAGGGAGCGGCAGUGA